AUGCUGUGCGGUCAGUCUCUUCCUCAUCCAGUGUACUCGGUAGGGAAUUCCGUUCAAGUCAUAUUCACGUCUCUGAGCAGUCAAUACCCAGGGUUUAAUGCCACUUACACGGCAAUGACGAAUAGUUCAGGUACGUGGUAUACAUUAUAUAUAACACAUCAAUGAUCGAGGUAAGACUACAAAAACAUUACCAACAACAACUCGCCCAUAAAAGGUGAUCCAAGAAAGUCUUGGAUUCUGGAUUCCAAGCUGUGGAUUCUGGAUUCCGGAUGUCAUUGGCAUUUAGAUUGCUGAUUCCAAUCUUAGGUAGGAUUUCGGAUUUCGGAGUAGAAUCACAUACUGUAAAUUUCAGGAGUCCGCUUUCCACAAGCCAAUUGUUUCUCCGAUUCCGGUAUCCCGAUUACAUACCUUACAUGGCGGGAAACAACGGCCAUAAACAGACAAACAAAAACAAUCACUUUUUAUGGAGCUAGAUAGAUCUCACACUAUCAGGCAAUUUCGGUACUUACUAGGCGACCAAACAAUUACUCAGAAAAUAUUGACGUAUUACUGCUUGAAAGUGUAAAAGAGCAAAAGAGGAAUAACGAAAUGCCAAAGGGAACACGACUGGGUCGGUAAAACUGAACAAGAUAUUGCAUUCAAGUAUACUUGAAGAACACCUGUGUUUCAAGUUUGUCCUUAUUUGUACGCAACUCUGAUGCUCUCGAGAAUCAUCAGUUGCAUGUGGAGAUGACAAUUUUGUCAACCAAAGAGGUUUCUUUCGCCAAUUUGAAGUUUAAAGGCUCAGAGUGAACAAAGAAAGAUCAAAUUUAGCUCGCUGUCUAAAUGAAAGGCCAAAAUAAAAAAUCAGGCCGGAUUUUUUAUGUGUGUGGCUCACCUAUUACAAGUCUGGUAACGCGUAAACCAGCCUUUUUACACUAUCUUUGAGGUAAACAAAACUAUCAGGCGUUGUUUGUUUUCAGACCUCGGACAGAAUUUAUGUCACAUUUUUUCCCUAUUUUAGUUAUAAUUCUGCAGUUUUUUACAGAAUAAUCUUACAAGAAAAAUUGCACUCAUUCAAUAUUUAGGACGAUCGAGGCACGCGCUUCCCUUGCACAACAAAUUAUAAAAAUGACAUCAUAAAAAGUAAUUUAUAUAGAGAAUUCACCAUUAGAUGGGACUGUUCAGUCAGGUCAAUCUGCCAUUAUGUAGUAAGCAGGGUAAUAAUGGGCUUUGAGCAAAAACUUAUUUAUUUUAAUUCAAUUUACAAAAAUCACCCGUCCAAGCGCCAAAACGUACAAUGCGAGCUGUCGAGUAUUUGAAAGAACGCUGAUAAUGAGGAAGAGGUCUCAGAAUCAUUUUCGUUUGCAUUUUACUUCUAAAACGCCAUAUUCAUUUGAUACACGCGGAAUUUUAAGUGCUCCUGCAUGAGAUGUUCACGGACGACUGAAAAUAACAAUAAGCAAAGCGAUAAGAAAGAUCAGAUCGAUAUCUUGACAAACAAUCAAGACAAAAAAUAUUAUUCAACGAAACAUUUAAAAGGACUGCAAUUGUUUAUUUACGAAGACGUGUAUUGAGAGCGAAGUGUCUCUGAAUAUCCUGAGUCACGAGUAAAACCUUGCAGAUUUAAGCCUUAAGGUUUAAGCCACCUUCGCCGUGUUUGCUAUUAUUCAAGGUGAACUCCAGGCAGGAACAUCGCUCAAAGCUUUCUUUUUACAAACAAUACUGAUAACGAAAUUUUUUUUUUCUCAGAACUUUCUAGUCGCGGUCAGAAAAUGUCUAAAGACUUUUUAAGUUCUUUAAUAAAUUACUAGGUGACUGAGAUAAAAUGUCUCAAAUCUUACAAAUGUGCGUAAAAUGACGGCAUAAACAUGAAACCAGAAAGAACAAAACAACAACAACAGAAAAACACAGUGAAAACAUCAAAUGCAAUAUAAUUACUCAAGCUUAACGGUCGAGAUGAUGCAGCUCAGAAACACAUCAAGUAAUUAAGACUUUUCGCAUAGUCCAGCAAGGUGAAGUAAGAUUACAUCACUAAGAGUAGCUUAUUUUUGAAAACUAUGAUUUCCGAUUUCUUUUUGUCGAGCGGCGCAUUUCUCAGCCACAACUCGAUAACCAAGCCAGCCAAAAAUAACAAAAGAAUGUUGAUAGCAGCUGUAUUUCAUUUUGUAGAUGCAGUGCAAAAAGAAAGGUAAAAACAUCACAAGAUGACACAAAACUCUGUCAGCUUCAGCUAUCAGAAAACAAAUCUCAGAUGCUGCAUAAAUUUUCCUUAUGAAUCUUCUUCGCCUGUUAAUUCUUGCUCUCUGCCUUUCCGCUUCUUUCCCUUUCGCGUCCCUCUUCACUUACAAGCAAACAUGUGAUUGAAUUAAAUCCGCUAUUGUUUGUUACCAUAAAAGGUUUUCGAAACAGUUUACUAGAAACUGAGCACUACGGUCACAAAUCCUUAUGCUUAAAAUACUUGAAAAAAAGUUUCUAAAGUAAACAGGUUUUUGAACGCGACGACUUUGCCACGACAUUUCUUACCCGAUUUCCCGCUAAGAAAAACGCCGGUUGCACAAAUAUAUCGCACGAUUUAUAACAUACUCUCCCCCCCCCCGACGGGCUGACACCUGAUUCCCUUCCAUCACCUCCGAAGAGUGUACAAACGGACGGGGUACGCUGACCUCACCACCAAAUUUUCUUGGAUGGAUAGUUUACCAAAUUUUCUUACCCAUGGUGCUCCGCUGGCGCGCGCGCGCUCGACCUCCGCUAAUAAUAAUUUUUGCGAGUACCCACAAACAUAUUUCUCAUAGUUAAAGGUGCGUCGUUUGUGAAUUUUCCUAAUGUACUUGUUGUUCACAUGCGCUUUCAUAACAAAGAAAGACAACCUGAACGACAGAACAAAUCUUCAUGUUAAAGUACGCAAAGGUACCUAAUACCUACCAAAAAAAUGUCAGUUUGAGUCACCGAACGGAGUCGUAAGAAGGCAGUCAAUUGUCUGUGACUUGUUCACAACAUCAUGUCAAUGAUUAAAAAAAGGUUUUUCCAGAAACAAACAAAAAUCGCUUCUGGCGCAUCCCUAAAUUAUUUAGUCUUUCCUUCCCGCAUUUGGUUUUGAUCUAAUUCCUUCUCACGUUAACUAGAUUCUUCCUUGAAAGUGGUAUAAUUCUAGACUGCGAGCAGUCUCUCUUUUUCUUCAGAUUUAGUGAGAGCAAUGCACGCGCGCGGGAGCGGCGAAGCCGCGAGACGCGCGAAACGAGGGCGGCAGCCCGAGAAGAAAAAAGAGAGACUGCCCGCUUAGCCAGAGCCAAUGAAUUACGCGCUGGCCUCACAACGCAAAAUACGAUUGGCUGAUUUGUGAAGCGUUGACAACAAACUGUCAACAAUCGAAACCAUUGACAAGUUGACGACGGCUGAAGCACUGCAGGAAAGUUUGUCACGUUUCCCGAAAAAAAAAACAUUAGAUACGGCGCAAAGAGAAGCAUAAGAAGGUCUCAUCUCUCCGGGUACGUGUCGUGAUCGCGCAAUUUAAAUGCUCACAGCCUCUCUUCACUGUCAAGGAACGCUUUAGUUCCAAAAUGGUAGUCUUACUUUAGAAGUUAAAACAGAAAGUAGCAUAGACUGGAAGACUCUUAGACUGUUUAUUUUAUAAAGCUAAAACAAUAGUAACUACCAACGGAUGCACUACAGGACAUCGCGCUAUAGAACAAAGAUUCUCAAGAAAGAAAGAAACAACAAAAAAACUAAUCGGCGCCCAAAGAAUGAUCUUGAGUGACUUGCAUCGUUAGCUUAGCUUUAGUUAAGCUACAAUUAGGAUAUGUAGAAAACUGUCCCGUGAAAAUUCAACAUCCUGCGAAAAAGAACUAGGCCACGGGUGAUUUCAUUCAAAACAUAAAGCACAGGAAAUAAAUGAAUUAUUAAUAUAAGAGAAAUAGACCAGCUUCAUGACCUCUUAAUGUGAGACCAGCGGCCAAAAUUAAGAUUUGCUCAGUCAAUUAGCUUAGAAUCGACUCUAACUCUAUGCACUGUAUAAGCUGCGCUUUAAAAAAAAAAAAAGUAGAAAAACCUCUGUUGUUCAAGCAAACUCUUAAGUCACGUGUCACGUGCCUGGCCUGUCAACACUUCAGUUUUGACGCCAAAAAAUCACUAGACCGUGAAAGACCAUUCUCUCUGGCCUUGCGGGUAGUCUCUCUCUUUUCGUGCCUCUCCCGUCUCGCGCCAUCAGUCACGCGCGUGGCCAUUUGCAUGUCUCGCGUUUUGCUCGACGGGCUACAGAAAAAAGAGAGACUGUUCGUAGUCUAGUAUAAUUCUAACUGUCCUCGAUACUUACGCUCAGUCCAUUUAUAUGGCUUGCAGUCUGUCCCAAUAUGGCAACCCUGAAUGAGACAUCAGGAGUUCUUACUAGUCCUUACUAUCCAAGGCGUUUUCCUUCUAACGAGAAAUGCAGCUGGAAAAUUACAGCAAGUAAAGGAGAACGCAUUGUGUUGGUCAUGAAAGACAUAGAUAUUGGGAACUGUGGUUUAUCUUGUACGUGUAACUACCUGGAAAUACAAAAUGGCUUAUCCUCUGAUGGCAUCUCAGGCAGGCGAAGAUGUAGAUCAGAUGAAGACAGUGGGAUAGUAUACCAUUCAGCAAAAGAUGUUCUGAGGGUGACGUUUGUUUCUCAAAGUUAUACUAACUGGCAGUACAAUGGAUUUAAGGCAACUUACAUUAAAGUGAAAUAUAGUGCAACAACCACCGGUAAGUUGUUAGAAAUCGGCUUUAAACGCAAAGUUAAAGGUUUAUGUGCAGGCGAUCAAUUUUCAAGCAAGUUACAUAAAAUAUUAUUGCCAGGCUUAUAGUAUAGCAACUGUAACAUUCAAAUACUUUACGGAGUAAAACAACACAUAACUAAAAUGUCAGUGGAAUGCCAACAAUUUACGUUUGCAUGAUGUUAACAGUGCUUGGCAGCAAAUCUCCUAUUAUUUAAGUUUGUCUAUUGCAACCCUUUCGAUUGAGUUUUCUUGGUUUGGCUUUCUUUCAGUUCACAGACAGGUUACUCUUUGAUUUUGUACUAUAAGGCUAAAUCAUGGUGAUCCGCUCCUGUGAUUAAAGGGCUACUUUAUGUUGAAGAUUUCACCACUAACUGAUUUUCGCGUACAUGACCGUACAUGGAAUUUAUUUGCACUUGUAGUAGUAUAGUCAACUGAAAAAUUAAAUUAAUAUGACAAAGAAUGUUAUUACACAUGUCGAUUUCGGUUGAAGCGACGGGAAAAUAUUAUACUUACAAUUUGUGUUCCAUAUGCGGCUAGUAAGCUUCGAAGUGCGAUCUGUGGUGACACUUUUGAAAUGUAAGUUGCGUAACGAACUUCUAGGUUUUUAAAAUAAUUAGUCACCUGAUCUAUUUUUGCCGCGUUGCGCUAAGAUAAUUAAAUAUUCACAAAAAAAUUGACAAACGGCUUGAAAAAUGCAAAUCACAUAGUUUAUUUCCCCUUGUUGCAGCUUGUGUCUCUGGCGAAUAUCUAAAUGGCUUUAGUGGUGUCUUUUCAACUCCAAACUUUCCGAGUAACUACCCUCAAUACAGCAGAUGUACCUGGAAUAUCACAGUUCCUAGCGGGUACAUCAUUAAACUUAGCUUCUUCUAUUUUCGAUUGGAGCCAAAUCAGUACAGUCCCUGCUAUUAUGAAGCUCCAGGAGCCCGUGUUACAGUCACAAAUGUUGCUACAAAUGAUGGGUAUCAGCCGUUCAUGCUGUGCGGUCAGUCUCUUCCUCAUCCAGUGCACUCGGUAGGGAAUUCCGUUCAAGUCAUAUUCACGUCUCUGAACAGUCAAUACCCAGGGUUUAAUGCAACUUACACGGCUAUCUCUUAUAGUUCAGGUACGUGGUAUACAUUAUUCAUAAGACAUCAAUGAUUGAGUUAAGAUUACAAAAAAACAUCACCAAAAACAACUCGCUCCAUAAAACGUGAACCAAGAAAGUCUUGAAUUCUGAAUUCCAUGCCGUGGAUUCUGGAUUCCGGUUGUCAGCGGCAUUUCGAUUGCGGAUUCCAAUUAUAGGUAGGAGUCUGGUUUCUCGAGUAGAAUCACAGAUUCCAAAUUCCAGGAUUCCGCAUUCCACAAGCACGUUUUGGAUCAUUUUACGUUUCUGGGAAACUGCCUACCUACCCCUUCCCUAAGCCGACAUUAACACUUACUUCUAACUUAGGGAAAAAUGUUGGCUUAGGGGAGGGGUAGGUGAGCAGUUUCCCAGAAACGUAAAAUGAUCCCACAUUUUUCUCCGAUUCCGGUAUUCGGAUUACCUUACAUAGAGGGAAACAACAGCCAUAAAGAAACAAACAAACGGAGCUAGAUCGAUCUCACACUUAUUCAGGCAACUUCGGUACUUACCAGGCAAUCAAAAAUUGACUCAGAAAAUAUUAACGCAUUACUGCUUGAAAAUGCGGAAGAACAAAAGAGGAAUAACGAAAUGCCAAAGGGAACACGAUUGGGUAAAACUAAACAGGAUAUUGCAUUCAACUAAAUUUAAGAACAAGUUUGUUUCAAGUUUGUCUUUUUUUGUGCGAAAGUCUGAUGCUCGAGAAUUAUCAGUUGCUACGUGGAGAUGACUAUUUUGUCAGCCAAAGAGGACUCUUUCACCAAUUUGAAGUUCAAAGUUCAGAGUUAACAACGAAGGAUUAAAUUACCGAAAAUACCGUGGCUUGCCGCCCUAAAUUUACCAAGAAAUACGGGAGAAAAUAAACUCGUGGUGGAAAAAAGUGUUGUAGUAGUAUUCGAUCGUAAUCGAUAGCAGGAAGCAAGAUGUGUAGUGUCUUACGGAUUUAACCAAGGAUUGAAUCGGAUUAACCACCAACACACACACCAUCGUGCAAAUAUGUGUAUUCAAUCAUCAUAUUACAGUGAGAGCGCAUGCUCGAUAAUACAAACAUGGGGGUGGGGACGGUAGACCUAAAUAUUCAUAUACUACAUUCCUCCCUUCUUCGAAUUACGCAGGCGCUUCAGGAUACUGCGGUUUUUGUCUUUCUUUUUCACCAUUGGCUUGUGGCCAUAAGAGUGCGGUUCGUCUAUGUUCAAUUCCGUUUUCCUCCAAGUACUUCGUAAAAUGUUCACUUGUAAAAUGCGGACCAUUGUCGGUUCUUAAGGACAGGCUGCGGCUUGCAUAACUAAUAACUUGCAGUUCUUCUUCUUGCUCUUGAACUAGCACGGCUCCUAAGCCUACAGGGCUUGCGUCUGCGAUCACCUUAGCGUGUGCAUUCUUAUCAAAGUAUCCAAGUGUCUCUGCACUGGAAAGUCGCUUCUUUAACUCAUCAAAUGAUUGCUGUUGCUCCGGCGCCCACACAAAUGGUUCUCCACUUUUUGUAAGCUGGCGGAGGGGUGCAGAUACUGUUGCUAGGUCUUGAAUAAACCCUGCAGUGAAAUUGACCAGACCAAGGAAGCUUCGUACUUCCGCAACAUUCGUCGGUUCACAGGCAUCAACAACAUCCUUUACUUUAACAUCUGCUGGACCAAUUCCGCGUGCCGACAAAACAUGACCCUUGAACUCCAAAUAUGGCAUUUUAAACUGACACUUGUCUCGGUUUACCCUUACCAAGCCAUAUGUAUUUUGAAACUGAUUUUAAGGUAUUUAAAAUGUAUUUUCAGUAUUUGAACACUAUUUUUCUGUAUUUUAAUUCUAUUUGACAAAAAAAUUUAAAUUUUCGCUCCUCUUUAAGUAUAUCUUGAGUGUAGUUAAAUUGUAUUUCAUCAAAAGGAAAACCUCUCUCAUCAAUUUACAAUGUAUUUUGUUUAAUAAAUAUGAGUAAAAUAGGGUAUUUAAAAUGUAUUUUGGGCAUAGAACCACUAACACUGUUACAAACAGAAUUCAAAUAGGCUAUUUGAAAUAUGUUUUAAGGGCUUUUAUGCUGACUGUAUUUUAAAUACUUUUAAAUAGGGUACGUUAACACUGUUUUGAGUUGUAUCUAAAAUGGAUUUUGAGACGCAUCCACACACAAAUAGACUAUUAGUUCAAAUAGACUAUUUGAACUAUGUUUUAAGAGCCUAAAUGCUGACCGUAUUUUAAAUCCUUUUAAAUAGGGUACUUUAACGUUGUUUUGAGUUGUAUCUAAAAUGUAUUUUGAGACGCAUCCACACACAAAGUUACAAACUUAGUUCAAAUAGACUAUUUGAAAUAUGUUUUAAGAGCCUAAAUGCUGACCGUAUUUUAAAUCCUUUAAAAUAGGGUACGUUAACACUGUUUUGAGUUGUAUCUAAAAUGUAUUUUGAGACGCAUCCACACACAAAGUUACAAACAUAGUUAAAAAAGACUAUUUGAAAUAUGUUUUAAGAGCCUAAAUGCUGACCGUAUUUUAAAUCCUUUUAAAUAGGGUACUUUAACGCUGUUUUGACUUGUAUCUAAAAUGUAUUUUGAGACGCAUCCACUCACAAAGUUACAAACAUAGUUAAAAAAGACUAUUUGAAAUAUGUUUUAAAACCUUAAGUACUGACCGCAUUUUAAAUACUUUUAAAUAGGGUACUUAAACACUGUUUUGAGGUCUAUUUGAAUUGUAUUUUGGGCACACGACACUCUGACUAUAAAAACAGAUUAUGCAUUAACGAUUUAAAGUGUGCUUAAAGACAUCAAAUGCUGACCUUCUUUUUAACUACUUUACAGUAGGGUACUUAUAACUUAUUAUUACUGAGGUGCAAUAUUGUAAUGUAUUUUGGGAUACUUUAAGUAUCCAGACUAUAAAAGUAACAUUUGCACAAAGUUAAUUUUUAAGCCUUCAUAGUGUCACGAACUCAUAAAUGACUCAAAACAAGCUGUCACAUAUUGUGGACCGUAUUCUCCUCUCAACAAAGUUCGAAGCUGAGCGAAAAAUUAAAUCUAAAUUAAAUAAAAAAGAGAAGAAAAUUAGGAAUAGAUUUUAGCUUUGACUGACAACAUGUAACUGUGACGGUGUGCUGAUAAAAGAUCAAUCCGUUCCUCAAUGUUCAUUACCUGCAAACUCUCUGCGAAAAUCUCCGCGUAAAUUUUAGCCGUGAUUCAAUUAAUGCAGUUUUAACGGGACAUUCCAUAAGUUUUUUUAACAGAAACUUCUUAAAAUCGCAUUGUAAUUUCAUAUAGAAAUUUUUGUCACAAACAGCCGAAGCCGCGUGCACGCGGUCAACAGAGGUUUAUCUAAAAUAAGCCCUUGAAAUUACAUAAUAAAUAAAUUAUCCAAGCUAAGAUCUCACCUCGUAUAUAUUCCAUCAAGACACAAAGCUCAGAUCUGAAUAAACUCCGAUAUAUGGUUAUCUUUCUCUCAUCGAUUAUUCCCCACAUGCAUCGCAUAUUAUUUCUCAGAUGUCACGCGCGACUGAAAUCACGACUUCGCGCCCCGGUGAUGUGACAAAUGCACGUGAUAAACAAACCGUCAUUUGUCCUUUGCUCAUUUCAAAUUAUUGAACCGGCGGUUGCUGUGAUUGCGGGUGCGCUUGAUUUUACUGUUUGUUACGAUCUUACAAAAGUACAUUUCAACUCUGCGGAUUGUCUGAGCACGUAGAUGUUGCUUUUAUCACGAAUCAAAAAUGGGUAUGAUUCCUCAGCGACUGCUAUGUACUUUGAAAGGCUCUGGUUCAGGUUCUCUUCGAAGCACACGGUCUUGUGUAUUAAUCCAAGAGCCUCUCUCAUGUGAGUAUUAUAGCAUACAAUGUUCCUUCUAUAUGCAUAACAUGUUACUAAGACGCUUAAGUAUACGCCAUAUGAGAAACAAAUGAAGGAUAGUAAACCUUUAUACACUCCCGCCUGUGCGGCAAUUUUAGUUUUUACAGGGCUCCAUGCUCACUGUUUUUGUACGAUUGAUCUCAGUCACUUGAUGUCACGUCACCGACCUCUUUCAUGCUCGCGUAAAUUUGAUGGUGUUAUUCUUAUGUUGUUCUUUAUCAGCCAAUAAUUAAUGUUCAGGCGUAGCCUGAAAGCUUCUGAUUUGAGUAAAGCCGUGAAUAUAAUAAACAAUGUAAGCUACAUGUAUGUAGAUUAUUAUAUUUACCGGAAACGUCAGUAACGCAAUACCCUUUUGAAGUCGAAGAUUGAUAGCCUCAGGGGGUCUGCAAAAAGGCUAACUAUUUACUUCAGCAUUUCUGAAAAAUUCCAUAAGAAUUUCCCGAGAAUUCGUAGGGAAACCAACGUAAAGUAAUCGGCUAAGAGAUAAUUCUCGUGAAAUCCUAGCCUAGGACUGUGUGGAGAAAUUUCGCAGAGGUAAAUCUUGCUUUUUCAGAGUAAUUUUCCACGGUUUUGUAUUCAUUUUAUUUCAUGAAUUUAAUAAAUGGUAUUUCCAUCCUGUUUUUGUACUGUUUUUAUGCCUUUUCGACCGAUUUUUGUACUGUUUUCAGACAACUCUAAGGCUAUUUUCUUACAAUUUUAUACUGUUUUUGCAUUUUUGCAUCCUUUUUUUGAUGUAUUUUCACAAUAUAUGCGUGCUAUUGCUUUUCUUCUUCUGUCAUGUGGUAUUUUAAUACUAUUUUCAAAGUAUUUUUAUUGUAUUUGCAAAUACGAAUAUUUUUCUAAAUUUCAAAACAUAUUAAAAAACUAUUAAAAUAUAUUUUGAAGCAUAACAUUUUAAUAGCGUUUUAAACAGGUUAAAACAACUUUAAAAUCAGUCGAAAAAUAUAUUAAAAAUAUAUUUUUGUACCUAUUUUAAACCAGUUUUUUUUUUGGAAAAUACGUUUAAAAUUGCCAUUAAAUAGUUUUAAAAUAGUAUAGCAAAUUGAAAUAUGUUUCUGAAACUGUUUUUUAUCCUGUUUUUAUUCCGAUUUAUAAGGUAUUUAAAAACUGUUUAAGACCUGUUUUGAGCCUUGCAAAAGCCCUGGAAUUUUUUAUAUAUUUUAAACGAAUUUUAAAAUAUUUUAAAAAUUCUUUUUUUAAUAGCGUUUUAAACAGGUUAAAACACUUAUAAAAGCAGUCGAAAAAUACAUUAAAAAUACACUUUUCACCCUAUUUAAAACCUAUUUCACAAAACAGGUUAAAAACAGUUUUCAAAUUGGAUUUGGAGUUGGAUUUGGAGUUGGAUUUGGUAAGGGUAGUGUCAACCUCCUGCUGCUCAGUACUCGGACCACAUUCUCAAAUCUUUUGUCAUGUUCCUCCUCAGUGGGUGCAUGUACUAUUACAUUAUCAAGAAUAUUAUGAGCUCCGUCACACUCUUGCAGGACUUGGUGAAGUACCCUCUGGUACAUCUCAGGUGCACAACUUAUACCGAACGUGAGUCGCUUGUACCGGUAGAGUCCCUUGUGUGUGCCAAAUGUAGUGAUAUCCCUUGAUGCGGGCGACAUUUCUAUCUGAUGAUGGGCAGAGGUAAGAUCCAACUUGCUAAAGAACUUGCUCUGGUUCAGAUCUUGUAAAACUUCGUCAAUGGUGGGUAUUCGGAAACGCUCUCAUUUUACUGCUAUUUUGGCUUGUCGCAUAUCCACACACAAACGAAUAUGACCUGAGGGCUUGGGCACCACUACCACUGGUGAGACCCACGAGCUUGGUCCACUCACCUUUUCAAUGAUGUCAAGUUCCACAAGUUCAUCCAGUUUGGUACUCAGUUUAUCACGCAAGUGGUAAGGGACCCGCCUAAUUGGUUGUGCCACAGGCUGUACCUUUGGGUCAAUGGGCACUAUUAGCUGGAAAUCUUUCAGUUUGCCAAUACCUUCACAACAUCCCGGGAACUUUUCAAAAAUACUGGCCUCCUAUUUUUCUCCAUCCGUAGAAACCUCUAGAAAAAUGGCAGCUUCCCGCCCAAGGAGGGCGUGUCCCUCAUUUUGAAUGACAACAAAUUCAACCCCACUUAACACACUCUCUCUAACAGACACUUCUGCGGUAAACAUGCCUGCAACUUAUAGUGGCUGAUUACUACCGUAUGCAUACAGCUUCUUUGAAGCCUUAGUCGACGCAUAUGCAACCUUAUUUGCUUUCAGAUAUUCCCAUACUUUACGACCUAUGACAUUGCAACUAGCACCAGAAUCAAUAAUCAUUGUUACUGGUAAACCUCCUAUCUUCACAGGAAUUUUCCCAUCACUUGAAACAUUAGAAUCACCUAAAAUGCCAAAAGCAUAUUCGCAAUCAUCAUCCUGAGUACCUUCAGUUUCUACCUGCCUUACAUGGUGAGCUGCACCUCCCUUCUUUCCGACGUCUGGUUUACGCGGCUCUCCAGCUCCUCGACCACUGGUUUGCUUCUCUUUAGUUUUACACACAGCCUUUACAUGUCCUGAUCCAUUACACUUCCUGCACUGUUUCCCUCUCGCUGGACAACGACGAUCCUUGGCUUUAUGUCCCAUAUAUCCACAACAAAAACAUUUGACUUUUCUUGCUCUCGUAUCCCCUUUGUAAUUCGUCUUUCCGCUCACACUAUUCACUUCACUACGGACCUCACCACUUCCUCCUUCAAAUGAACGGGCCUGUUUUUCAGAUUCCUCAAUAGAACGACCAAUUUCUCUUAAUUGUGGCAGUGUCAAGUUUCGACCCUUCUGAAGUAACUUCCGACGGAGUUCGUGCGACAAGCAUUUGCUUAUCACUUGAUCACGAAUUUGCUCAUCCACAGUUGCAGCGUCUCCGAAUUCGCAGGUUUGGGUUUUUUGUCUCAGUCUAGUAACAAACUGUUCGACGGUUUCGUUUGCCAGUUGACUUGUUUCACGAAAACAAAGCCUUUCAUACGGAACAUUCGCUUGCGGUUUGAAAUAUUUAUUCAAGGUCGCCUUUGCUUUCUGAUAGAUAUCUGAUCCUCCUUCUUCGGUCGACGUUAAAUAAAUAUCUUGCACAUUUAAUCCGGCAGUGAGCAGCAAUAAAGCCUUCUUCUGAUCAACAUUUUUGACUCCUUUUCCCGUCGCAAACAAUUCAAAAAGCUCGAAGCCAUCUUUCCCUGCGGAAAUACCAGCAGUUUCUGAACAGUCAAACGGCUUUAAUCCUUGUGCAUCGCUUAAAUAUACACUUGCCAUCUCGAAUGAACUUCUUCAAAUGACGUCCUCGUCGCCAAAAUGUAGUGCCUUGCGGAUUUAACCAAGGAUUGAAUCGGAUUUAACCACCAACACACACAACCAUUGCUGCUCGUGCAAACGUGUGUGUUCCAAUCUCGUCCCCAGAGCCACUCGGCUUAAUUUGGCCCCUCGUUUCAAAACCACGUGACCAAGAAACAACAGGCUCUGGGGACAAGAAUCAUCAUAACAGUCAAAGCGCUUGCUCGGUAAUACAAACAUGGGGGGUGGGGACUGUAGACCUAAAUAUUCACAUAUACUACAAGAAGUUAUGUUAGCACGCAGUAUUUUGUAUUUUGUAGGGGGCUUAAAAGCCGCCUUAUGAGUCAAGCGUGACAACAAUAUCUUACUAUUUCAAGCAAAACUAUUACAGUAAGUCAUUUUCAGAUGGAUUCUGGGAUAUUGAGACGGUGGUAAAGAAGUGCCCUUGAAAAUAUUAAUCAGGGAUGAGGGGGGAAGUGGAAGAUCUGCCUUCUCAAGAUAUUAAGGCGCUAAAAGAAAUAUUUUCCAAGAGAUAUGUUUAAUAUUCUUUUACAGUCUGUCCAAAUAUGACAAUCUUGAAUGAGACUUCAGGAGUCAUCACCAGUCCUUUCUACCCCAGGUAUCAUUCUAAUAAGCGAAGCUGCAGCUGGGAAAUCAGGGCACGAAAAGGAAAACGAAUUUUAUUAACUAUUGAGGACAUGGAUAUUGAAGACAUGGAUAUUGAUUCGUCAGGUUAUUGGCGGUGCGAUGAAGUAUGGUCUUGCGCGUGUGGGUAUUUGGAAAUUCAAGGUGGAUCCAUUUCAGGCCAUGAUGGUCCCAAAUGGGGUGUAUGUUCCGUUCCUUUAACAGCCAACGCAACGUAUCUUUGGUUUAAAGAGAGAAUUAAAGUACUAUUUGUCUCCGAAAGUAUUAUGGGAUGGGACUCUAGAUUUAAAAUAUCAUAUACUCAAGUUGCCUUCGGUGUAUCUGGUAAGUGA